GUCUCGUGGACAUAAUGGCUCGUGGCGCUUUGAGACAAGGACGCUAAGUAGUGAAGAGGGAGACGUGCAUACCUGCAGUAGAAACGACUGACGAAGCCAAUAAGCAGUUGGAUGACAUUAUUUCAGCGCAUGGUCUUACUUUUUCAGAGGAACUGCAUUGAGAUAAGAGGGCAGCGAGGUUUACAGGAAUUGCACUUGAACGAUGCUACCAAAUUUGGAGACACUGGACUGUGGCGACUCUACGAAAGUUUCUACCUAAAUCGUUCACGUAAAAACAGUGAAGGAUUAAGCCACACACUUUGUGGGAAAAACAAUGAAAUACCGUUGCGCACACGGCAAUGAUGCUGUGAAGAAGCGACACUAAUUGGCGCUAAUUCUGGUCACCAUCGAUUGCUGUGAACCUUCCGCGCGACCUGUUGUGGUGUCUCAGAUGGAAAAACUGUCAAAUGUUGAAGUAAUUUUGCAGCUCGCGAUGAAGGCAAGGAUAAACUAACAGUCGCGUGAGAUGAGAUGGCCUAGCAACCAUGUCUCAGCUCUACUACCGCCGCACGGACAACUCGUCGUACCGCGACCGCAUACCGCUGCGCAUCGUGCGGGCCGAGUCGGAGCUGUCGGCGCAGGAGAAGGCCUACUUGAGCGCCGUAGAGAAGGGCGACUACGCCAGCGUCAAGCAGGCCCUGGAGGAGGCCGAGAUCUACUUCAAGAUCAACAUCAACUGCGUCGACCCGCUGGGCCGCACGGCGCUGCUCAUAGCCAUCGAGAACGAGAACCUGGAGAUCAUUGAGCUGCUGCUCAGCUACAACGUGUACGUCGGGGAUGCGCUCCUACACGCCAUUCGCAAGGAGGUGGUGGGGGCUGUGGAACUGCUACUCAACCACAAGAAGCACAGAGGAGAGAAACAGGUCCCUCCCGCACUGCUGGACAAGCAGUUCUCAGACUUUACACCGGACAUCACGCCCAUCAUCCUGGCGGCACACACCAACAACUAUGAGGUCAUCAAGAUUAUUAUCCAGAAGGGGGUGUCCAUCCCGCAGCCCCACGAGGUGCGCUGCAACUGCGUGGAGUGCGUGUCCAGCUCGGACGUGGACAGCCUGCGGCACUCCCGCUCGCGCCUCAACAUCUACCGAGCGCUGUCGUCGCCCUCGCUCAUCGCCGUCUCCAGCGAGGACCCUUUCCUCACGGCGUUCCAGCUCAGCUGGGAGCUGCAGGAGCUCAGCAAAGUGGAGAACGAGUUUAAAGCGGAGUACACAGAGCUCUCGAAGCAGUGCAAGAAGUUCGCCAAGGACCUGCUGGAUCAGACUCGGAGCUCGCGGGAGCUGGAGCUCAUCCUGAACUUCCGGGAUGACAUCAACAUGCUGCAGGACGACAGCCACAACGACCUGGCCCGGCUCAAGCUUGCCAUCAAGUACCGCCAGAAAGAGUUCGUGGCGCAGCCCAACUGCCAACAGCUGCUGGCGUCCCGCAGGUAUGACGAGUUCCCGGGCUGGCGUCGGCGCCACUGGGUGGGCAAGCUGAUCACCAGCAUCUUCAUCGGCCUGCUGUUCCCGCUCUUCUCCCUCUGCUACCUGGUGGCCCCCAAGAGCCGCUACGGCCUCUUCAUACGCAAGCCCUUCAUCAAGUUCAUCUGCCACACCGCCUCCUACCUCACCUUCCUCUUCCUCCUGCUGCUGGCCUCGCAGCGGAUCGACUCCUCCACCGACCCCAACCGCCAGGGCCCGCCCCCCACCACUGUGGAGUGGAUGAUACUGCCAUGGGUCGUGGGCUUCAUCUGGACGGAGAUUAAGCAGAUGUGGGACGGGGGCCUCCACGACUACAUUCACGACUGGUGGAACCUCAUGGACUUCGUGAUGAACUCCCUCUACUUGGCCACCAUCUCGCUCAAGAUUGUGGCCUACGUGAAGUACAGCGACUGCAAGUCGCGCACCAACUGGGAGAUGUGGCACCCGACGCUGGUGGCUGAGGCCCUGUUCGCCAUCGCCAACAUCUUCAGCUCGCUGCGGCUCAUCUCGCUCUUCACGGCCAACUCGCACCUGGGCCCGCUGCAGAUCUCGCUGGGCCGCAUGCUGCUGGACAUCCUGAAGUUCCUCUUCAUCUACUGCCUGGUGCUGCUGGCCUUCGCCAACGGCCUCAACCAACUCUACUUCUACUACGACUCCAAGCACGAGGGCUGUAAAGGGGUGCGCUGCGAGCGCCAGAACAACGCCUUCUCCACGCUCUUUGAGACGCUCCAGUCUCUCUUCUGGUCCAUCUUUGGCCUGAUAAGCCUGUAUGUGACCAAUGUGCAGCCUGAGCACGUCUUCACUGAGUUUGUGGGCGCCACCAUGUUUGGGACGUACAACAUCAUCUCUCUGGUGGUACUCCUCAACAUGCUGAUCGCCAUGAUGAACAACUCCUACCAGCAUAUAGCCGAUCACGCUGACAUCGAAUGGAAGUUUGCCAGGACCAAGCUGUGGAUGAGCUACUUUGAGGAGGGCGGGACGCUCCCCACCCCCUUCAACAUCAUCCCGAGCCCCAAGUCUGUCUGGUACCUCAUCCAGUGGAUCCGACGCAACAUCUUGAAAGAGAGGGAGAAACUCACAGAGUCCUUCGGAUCCCUGGGGAGGAGGGCCGCUGAAAAUGUCAGAAUAAAGAACCAGUAUCAGGAGGUGUUGAGGAACUUGGUGAAGAGAUACGUGGCUGCCAUGAUCAGAGAUGCCAAGACGGAGGAAGGCCUGACCGAGGAGAACUUCAAGGAGCUGAAGCAGGACAUCUCCAGCUUCCGCUACGAGGUGAUGGGCAUGAUGAAGGGCAACCGGAGCUGCGUGCCCGCCCUGAGCCCGCGCGACGCCGCCUGCGGCUUCACCAGCCCCGUGCCGGACCACCUCAUGCCCUACGUGCUGCCCCCCACCCUGGGCCCCAGUUCCUCCCGCGCCAAGCUCAACCUGUACGAGGUCACCACAAUUCUGCAGCACCAUCACCACCACCACCAACCACAACAACAACAACAACAGCUGCAGGGUAUCUCGGAUACUUCCACCUCCACCUCCACCGCCAUCACCAUCACUGCUCCUCCUGUGGCCAUCACAGCCACCGUUGGCAUGGACGCUGCUGGUAGCCUAGGCAACGGCAUGGUAAACCUUCCACGGGACGAGGCGUGUGUAGCCACUGUCGGCGAGCCAUCAGGCCCUGUGGCAUGCAGCCCCUCCACUUCCUCCUCCUCGUCUGGUGCUACUUCCUGUCGGGAGAGCACGUGCAGGAAAGACUUCCCCCGGGACAUGGGCAGCUUCGACCUGUUUCAGAAGAGGGGCAGUCAGGGCAGGAAGAGUGUUAGCAGCAACAGCAGGGGACUAGGAGACCGACAAAGCGGCAUCUACUCCGUCUCAGAGGAGGCAGACGAGACAGACGGAGAGCAGACAGAUGAGAGAGCGGGGGAUGAGGAAGGAAGAGGAGGAAGAGAGGAGGAGGAGGAGGGAGACGUGGAGGAGGCUGAGGAGGAGGAGAGUGAUGGAGACGAGGGGGAGGGUGUUGAAAGACGUCGUCUGUCAAGCCAUGUGGAAGGAGAGAAUAAGAAGCGAAUGAGCAGAGAAGAGCAAACACAGGAAGUGGAGGAGGAGGAGGAAGAAGAGGAAGAUGAGCUGGAGAGGGGAACACUAGAAAAAGACAAAACAGAGCCCCUGCUGAGGAGAGAUGGUGAAGGAUCAGUGCACUCGCUUGCCAGAUGAAGACAGAUAAGCUGAGUGAGGAUUGGAAUAAUAAAGCUGUGCGGUGGACAUAUAGUACAGAAUAUAGAGGGUAAAGGAUAUGCCCCUUGGACUCGCCAAACGCUCCAUGGAGGCGAACCUGAGAGGUUGUGCUUCUGUCGUCUCAGGGAAUUGGUGUAUUGCGUUUGUCCAUACGGGACGUGGAGGGGCUUGGAGGCCUAAAAUACUACAGACAUUUUGAAGAUUUUUGUCAUUCCCAAAGUGGACCUCUGACUUUUCCAAUAGUAUUCUAUGUGGUGUUCUAAUCUAUACAACAAGUGGUUGGAAAGUUAUCUCACUACCUACAUACAUACCCACGUAUUCACCUAAAUCAUGCAUACACUGGAAGUUGUAUGGUUACAGGCAUUACCUAUCCACCAGAGCAAUAGCUAUUAUACAUGUAUUUAAACUUCCCACCAACCCUGUAUUUUGCUGCCCCUGCUUGACGUUGCUGGUUUUGCACAAACAAAUAUAGCUGGAUAGCAAUCCCCUUCAGUAACAGAAUGGAUCAAGAAUCCAGGAUCUAGUCGAUGAGUAGUUGGGUAUAUGACAUUUCAAAGUCAAGGGGUACAAUGUGGCCAAAAUCUUAUUCUGUUCAAGCCAGUGAUAUCAGGGUGGAGUUGAGAUAGUAAAAACCUGUCACGGUUUGCUUCCAACAUAGUUGACUUCACUGAGUAGUUAAUGUUCUAGUGCUCAUUCUAAUCAGUUGUUUGGCUUAUUGGGUUAACUUUCAAGCUUAGUACUGCCGCUCAUUUAUUUCUUGGCUGUCUGUAGCCUGUCAUUAGACACAGAGAAACGUCUAAACUUUGGACAAUGUCUAUGCAACAAGCUCAACGUUACAUUAGUUACUUGGCUUCUUCGGUAGCUCUUUCAAGUGAAAUAGACAUUGACUGCUAUUGACUUCCACAUAUUUGCACUACUAUCCCCAAUCAGGCUCUCCAAGCCCUUUAUAUGUUUCCACAUUACCCCUCAGUAUUUGGGCAUGUAGUGUAUUUAUCGGUGAAUAAAAGGACCAGGUAUAUAGAGCUAUAUGUAUUUCAAUGCCUGCAUAUAGCUAAAUAGCUAUUCUGCCCUACAAAGUCAAAGUGUAACUACUUGCAUAUUUUGUCAAAAUUUGAGUUUAGUCUGAAAAUGGUCUACUUUACACCUCCUUUAUCUUGUGACAAAGCCGUAUGAUCAAAAUGUUUCCUGUUUACCAAUAUUGCUAUGUCAUAGUGGCAGUAACUACAAACUUUUUCAGCUGCGAGUGGGUCUGGCCUUGGAUCUGAGAACGUUUUGAACACUGUGCCCUGAGUCUGGCAAAACCAAUUACAAUGCAGAGAUUUGUUUUGAAUCAAAGCGGGCAGGGUUUUGAGGGAGUGACGACGAAGCUUGCAACACCAUUGGGAAAGCGCAUCAACUACAAAGAUUGCCGAAUGAUCAGAGCGCCGGCACAGUUUGAAAAAACAACAGGUUGUUCUCAUCAGCAAUCGUCCGAGGUAACGUUCAUCGGGGCCAGACUAAAUUACUCCGGUCUCACAUUUAAGCUGGUUUAUCAGGCUACAAUUUGAAGGGUUUUUUUUCACAGUUUCACUGUUGACGUAGUUGCUGCACUUUGCCUUUGCAGGGCAGUAUUAUUCCAGUAUUACAGUUCCAGUAUUUCGUCCUCCAGUCUUUUAAAAAAGAUGGAUCUUGUAAACAAGCACUGACUGUUCUCAUUUGUUGUUUUUAUACUGUAGAAGUUUAAGUGGAUGCAAACUGGUCAGUCCAUUUCCUAUAGUCAAAUGAAUCAAUAAAU